CUUGGUGCAUAUGCUUUCAGUGUACAUAAAAGAAAAGAUACGUUCAUCAAGAAUCAUAAGGUACAGCACUUAAUGAUAGUCAUAGGGUACAAAUAAGAAAUCAGGAAACAAUAUUAAUAUAAAUCGUAAGGAUACAAGCAACAAAGUUAUAGUCUUACAGUCAUAAGUGGAAGGAGAUGGGUGAUGGGAACGAUGAGAUGAUUAAUAGUAGUGCAGACUUAGUAAAUAGUUUGACAGUGUUGACGGAAUGAUUUGUUUAGCAGAGUGAUGGUGUUCAGGGGAAAAAACGGUUCUUUUGUCUAGUUGUUCUGGUGCGCAGUGCUCUAUAGCGUCAUUUUGAGGGUAGGAGUUGAAACAGUUUAUGUCCAGGAUGCGAGGGGUCUGUAUAUUUCACAACCCUCUUUUUGAUUCAUGCAGUAUACAGGUCCUCAAUAGAAGGCAGGUUGGUAGCCAUUGUUUCUUCUGCAGUUCUAAUUAUCCUCUGAAGUCUGUGUCUUUCUUGUUGGGUUGCAGAACCGAACCAGACAGUUAUAGAGGUGCAAAUGACAGACUCAAUAAUUCCUCUGUAGAACUGGAUCAGCAACUCCUUAGGCAGUUUGAGCUUUCUGAGUUGGCUCAGAUAGAACAUUCUUUGUUGUGCUUUUUUGAUGGCGUUUUUGAUGUUAGCUGUCGAUUUUAGAUCGGCCGGCCAGGGAAACCUCCUGCUUCCCGGAGGCACGCGUCCGGAACCGCAACGCGGAUGAAGCUCCUUAGUUCCAGCAGGACUCACUUGGCACUCUGCACGUGCUCGAAGCCGCGCCUUUGUUCUGGGGCCGCGAGCUAGCGCACAAACCACUCUGGCAGUCGCCCCUAGCUGGGGGAGGCGGGAGCGCGUGACGCGCCCUCGAGGAGCCCGCCCUCUUCCGACGGAUCCGGAGUGGCUCCGCUUCCUCGUCGCCCGCCGCCGCCGCGCCCAGCCCAGGUUCCGAAUGGACCCACCAGCGAAGUCGGGGCCGCUCCUGGUCCAGCAGCCGCCGGGGUUGCUCCUGGGGGCCAAGCGGUGGAAGAAAAGCUGGUUUGUGCUGUACCCAGCAAGUCCUCAUGGAGUUGCCCGUCUGGAGUUUUUUGAGUGCAAGGAGGGGGCUGCUCCAGCUGACCGGAUCAGUACCAAGAGGCCGGACAAGAAGAUUGUGCGGCUGGCAGAUUGUGUGAGUGUGGCUCCUGCCCUGGACUGCAGCCCCAAGGAGGGGUUGGCUGCCUUCUACCUGGAGACCAGCAGCCGCACCUACAUCUUUGCUACCGAACCACAGGAGGCGGCUGACUGGGUGGCAAAGCUCUGCGAGGCAGCCUUUCUGACUAACCCUGGGAAAAUGACCCCGUCUGCUACGGAGAUCGUCGGAGAACGGGACCUGGAAAUGGCCACAAACUCCAUUUACUACUCAAGAGAAGAAGUGAAUGAGUUCUGGGUCACCGUGCAGAAGACUGAAGCUGCUGAGCGCUGCAAGCUGCAAGGGAGGUAUGUGCUGAAGGCCUCUUGGAACAAGCUCGUCCUCAGAGAGGCCCCCUCCAGCCUGCCCCUCUACACAUGGCCCUAUCGCCUCCUUCGCAGAUAUGGCAGGGACAAGGUGAUGUUCUCCUUUGAAGCUGGCCGGCGCUGUGAAUCUGGUCCUGGCAACUUCACCUUUGAGACCAAGCAGGGCAACGAGAUCUUCCACGUGGUGGAGGCUGCAAUCCAAGCUCAGAAGGCCCAGGUAGAAGAGCAUCGGCAAAGCAGCAGCUCCCUUGAGAUGGAGACCCCCGGCGUUUUCUCCCUCCAGAAUGCCAUGACCAACUCCCUCAGCCUGGAUGGCGAGGGUGCUGCUGCUGCUGCUUCGGAGAGACGGGCGCCCAGGAGCACCCUGGCAGCCAGGGCCAGCGUCGCUGGGGAGGGGAAGGAAACCGCCGUGCCCAAAGGGCAAAAUCCAUGGCCGAGCUCCUUGCUGCGGCCCUCCCUCUCUGGGAUGGCUAGCUCUUUGGAGGACACCAACAACGUCUAUUCUGAGCCUCUGGAUGCAGUGAAGGGCUCGCGGCUCCAGCCAGACUCCCUCUAUGCUGACCCCGUUGACAGCCAGCAUCAGGAAGAAGGGCCAGGCUGGGGCUCCGGCCUGGCAGAGGAGCAGCCCAGGUCAGGGACUUGCGAGGGCCAUGGGGUCCCGAGCGGCAAGCAGCACAUCUAUGAUGAGCCUGAGGGAAGAGCCCCGUGGCCCACCCCCACUUCGGCCGCCAUCUAUGACGAGGCACGGCUCCCCUGCGAGGCCUGGCGGACUCAGGGCUUGGAAAGCCAAGCUGGCUAUGAAUUGCCGUGCCUUCCUGGAACUGGUGAUUAUGCCGUCCCUGCCUUCCACCAAAAGGCUGGGCUGAAACCCCCCAGGCCCAGCCCUGCCCCCAAGCCUCCCCGGGUGCACAAGAAAUCCACUCAGCUUGAGGCCAGCAAGCCCAGAGCAGCACCCACCCUGGGCCCGGAGGGGGUCCGUAACAGCAACAACAGCAACAAUGGCAGCGACCCACUCUAUAGCCGUGUGCUCAAGCUGCCCUCAGCCCCUGGCCCUUUGGGACCUGAGCAGUCGGUGGAUGAGAGCCGGCCACCUGCUGUGUACGAAGAUCUGGGGGAGAUAUGAGAAGGACCCUGAGCUGGGCUGGAGCUGGAGCAGCCUUUCCAGUGUGGGACCUUCUGCAGGCUGCCUGCUGGGGAGGUGGGCCAGCCAUGCAUAAGCCUUCACAGAAGAGGUAGGCCGAGACCCCAGGCGACAGCAAUCUUGUUGGGCAGCAAAGGCUGCCUCUUCCAAGAGGGCCCCAGCCUAGCCUGAAGGCCACACGGGCCAAGCUAGGAAGCCACUGUGUGGGAAUGGCCUCCAAAGGUAGGAAAGACUCCUGGGGAGCACGCAGCCCUCUUCUGGCCCCCGGGACAUUGCUUCUUUGGGACUGCAGCCUUUGGCAGUGAGCCCAGAGAGCCUCCCUGGCACCUGACCAGCAAUUUAGGAGGUUGCCGCUUCCUUUGGUUGCUGGAGAAUACUGGGGAGAGCCUCUGCUGGCCCACUUGCCCCCCACACCCAGCCAUGUCAGAGGCAGCCUGCGUAGUGGGCUUAGGCUCCCAGUUCUGUGCCCGAGGCUGCCCUGCCUCUGCAGGAGGCUGAGAAGGGCGCCUGGGGCAGCGGAAGCCACGCUGGGGUAUUCAUGGGAAGGAGCUGAAGGAGACUCUCACUCGCUCAGGCUGUCACAAGGAGGUUUAUUGACGCAGAGCAGAGGAUGUGGCUGAACCAGGCCGGAAAAGGGCUGAACAACAGAAACCAGGAAGUGCCACAAACAGUUCCUCCGCCUCCGCCUGCUUCCCCAAGGACCCAGGCUGGGGGAAGUGGGGAGAGACAGGCAGGUUGGCCCCAGCUCCUGCCUGAGGCUUGCGGGGAGCAUCCAACACCCCACCCCCGUUCCCCCAUAGAGUUUUCUGGGUGAGGGUGGGGAGGUGCAGGCUGUUCCAAAGAAGGCACCGAGGGGCUCCGGCUCUUUCGGCAGAGGAUGACACCGGCUCUGUGGCUGUGAAGAAGGGAGGGUGUUCCCUCCAUGGCCAAGACGCGUGGACAAAGGCCGCUACAUCUUGGACUCUGGGAUCGUCUUUCCAUGGCUCGGAGAAAGGGGGAGGCUACCGGAGCCAGCAGGCGGGAGAGCCACCUGCAGCGGGGCCACUGUGGCCCUGGCCCUGCUGGGAUGCCCACGACUCCCCUGCUGCGGGGGAAGAACCACUGUCACUGCUGGGGCAAAAGUGAUGUGUGUGUGUCCUGCCCUUCCUGCUGUUGGGAUGGCAGGAAUCCUGCUUUGUUAGUGACAGAGCCCAUCCCCAAAGGCUGGAAGGUGCCCCGGGUGUUAGGGCAGAGCCCUUUCUGGGAGGCCUGGUGCAUUUGCCCUUCUAAGCAGCCAUGUUGGAGCCCCCCUGCCUCCUGGGCUGGUUCCUUGCUGCCAGGCCCACAUUUGUCCCCGCCCUUCCCCAUGUCGUGUGCCCCUUGGUACCUGGCGGGGCCACUGCCUUGGUGCCCAGCGCUGAACCCGGGAGGCAGGCAGGCGGCCCAGGCACCUCUUCAAGGCCUGGUACAAAUGACAGGUUGUCUGCAGGGGAUCAUAGCUUGCCUCAAGCUCCAGGCCAUCGAGGACACCCUGGAGUGGAAAAGGCUAGGUCAGUGCCCAGGGGAAGACAGGGGCGGGGUGGCCCUUUCCCUCACAGCCAGGGUUCUUGUCAUUUACCUCCAUUUUAGCGAGUGCUUCUUCUGGCAGGUCAGCAGGGAGGAGAGGAAAGCUGCAAGGCAGAAGCAGCUCUCGGGCCACUACCGGGCGCAGCAGUAGGGUACAGGAGUCUGAAGGCAGCAGGACCUGGAAGGUGCCAGCUGAGAGGCCUCCGCUGAGAUCUGGCCCACCCCAGGUCUCGUAUUUUGCAAGCAGCAGCCAUUUCCGUUUCUGAAAGAAGAAACCGAUGUGCGUUGUGCCAAAGCAGAGUGAUGGUCCUGCCUGGUGGGAUGCACCUGACACACAGCCAGCAGUACGGCUGGCCUGCCUGCUGGAGAACCUGAGGUCUCCCCUCUGCCUCAGAAGCUAGGUGGCUUCGGGGAUGUCAGCAAGGUGGCCUUUCCAACUCCUCCCCCCGCCACUGCAGAACCCCACAAACCCCUCCCCCCCGCUUAGGACUCACUUGCAGGCAGUGGCAGAAGGCUUGGAAACUCUGCUGGUUGGUCUCCAGUUCAUCCCAGCUCAGUUGCCAACAGCUUGUGGGCCUUACAACUAGAGGGAGACCAAAAAGCAUGGAUGCACAGAUUCCAUCAGCUUUCAGCGCCCUGCAACAGGAAAGUUCGUCACCGGGGAGCAGGCAGCUGCCGCCCCCGUCAAGCUGCUGGCUUGGGAUCCAGAGACAGUUCUAAAGGAGAUCUCUUUGAGGAGGCCACUCAGUGGGGACUGAGAUGUCCUGCCAAUGGGUGGAAAUGGCCCUCAGUGAAUCCAAGUAGAGGUGGGCUCUGUGGCCCCUCCCUCCCCUGCCUGCCUCGGGGGGGGGGUUGAGCUUGGCAAGGGGGGCAGGAUCUGUGCAGACCCCCACUUCCCUCCCCUGAAGGUUGGGGUGGCUGAGAGGAGGACUGACCCUUGCCUUAUGGCCAGCUAGGUUGAGGGUGGGUUAGAGGAAGCAGAGGUUUAUCACAAUUUUUUUUACUCCCGUCUUCUUUAGGGCGAAGGCAGCUUCCAGAAGGGAAAGAGUAGCCUGUAGAGAGGGUGGGUUUUCUGCUCUUCUAGAACUGGUUAACUGAAUGAUCCAAAGGGAAAGGAAAGCAUGGGGGAGGGGGAGGAGACAGGUGGGCUCCAGGUGAUUCAAAUACUGCAGAGUCCCAAAUGCUGCAAUUGGUACAUAGCUUGCACAAAUGCUUGGAAGUGGAGGGCAGACUGCCUCCCCCCCUGCCCCCCUCUUCCUGGGCAAAUCCUCAGGCUUGGCUGGAGAACGUGGCUGUGCUGUAAAACCAGCAUCUUUGUCUUGGCCAGGCCUGCAGGAGGCACCCACUGUGGCAACCUCCCCUCCCAUUUCCUUCCCUGAAACAGACAUCCCUGACCAACCACGCAGGCUAGGUUUCUGGUCCCUUUGCAUGAUCUUAGAUUUAUCUAUGACUUGGAUGGGUUCAGCCCUAAAGUGACGACCGGCCCGUUUGGGGAAGAGGAAGAGGAAGCAGUGCAAGAAUGGAACGCCAAAUUCAGCAAAAGAAUAGUUGGGGCUGCUCCAAGUUUUUCCAAAGAGCUUUUCUGCAAUAAACCUUGAGGUUCCUGAUU